UGUUUAUUUUUCAGUAAAAAAUGUUUUUUAUCAUACUUCAAAUUUUAUUUGUAACUUGUCACUUAACAUCAUCACAAGAUAUUGUUGGCUGUGGUGGGUUCGUACAGUCUAAUGUGCCAAUCAGUUUUGAGAAAAUCGAGGUAAAACUUUAUACAAAGCUUGGUGCAUUUAAAUUCAAAACUGAAUGUGCUCCAAACAAUGGAUAUUUUUUGGUUGCUAUUUAUGAUAAUGGAGAAUAUGUUUUACAAAUCAAUCCACCACAAGGAUGGAGUUUUUCGCCGAGUGAAAUAAAUUUGAAAAUAGAUGGUAAAACAGAUCCUUGUUCAAAAGGAGAUGAUCUAAACUUUGUGUUCACUGGCUUUUCAGUUAUUGGAAUGGUAAAAAGUUUUGGAAAGGAGUACGGUCCUCCAGGAGUGGCUGUGAAAAUUUUUAACAAUGAAGGUACUUUACUAAAAGAAGUAUUAACAAAUGAAAAUGGCAGUUACUCGUUUUCAAAAAUGGUUCCGGGAACUUAUGUUAUUAAGGCCAUGCAUAAAUCAUGGACUUUAGCAAAUGCCAAUAUCGAAAUUGUAGUACAGAAUGAUAACUUUGUUGUUGAUAGCGACAUAGUUGUUUCUGGUUAUGAUGUUCAGGGUUCAGUUUUAAGUGGUAAUGAGCCAAUCCAAGAUGUUGCAUUUAUUUUAUAUUCCAGUACAGUCCAAAGCGAGCAUGUUCACAAUUGUGAACCUCUUCUUGAAAAUAUCACAAAUGCUCUUAAAAAACAUAAUAUAAAAGGUAGUCAAAUAUGUAUGGUGCAUUCAUCUAAAGAGGGUUUGUUCUCAUUUCCUGUUUUACCCAGUGGUGAUUAUACUUUGGUACCAUUCUAUGAAGCUCAUAACAUGGUUUUUGAAGUUGUUCCAUCCACUUAUUACUUCACUGUUGGUUAUGAAAGCAUUAUGAUUGAAAAACCAUUCCAAGUGUAUGGAUUUUCCGUUAAAGGUCAAAUUACUGAUACAAAGGGCAUUGGAAUUGAUGCAGCUGUUGUAACAGUAAAAGACUUAAAAGGUAAUUUACAUCAAGGAUUAUCUGAUAAGGAUGGUUGGUACAUGCUUGCAAAUGUUACAACAGGAGACUAUCAGUUUAAGGUGGAAAAAGAAAAUUACUUUUUUGAAGUUAUUACAAUUUAUAUUUCUCCUAACACCCCUGUUUUAUCUACAAUCAAAGUUCAAAGUUUCAGUAUUUGUGGAAAUAUUGAAAUAUUUCAGCUACCACAAGGAGUAUUACCUAUUCAAAAUCAUAAAGUUCUAUUAACAUCGGAAAAUGAGAAAAACUUUUCAUCUGUGUCUCCGAAAGAAGAUGGAUCAUUUUGCUUUAAAUCUGCUCCUGGAAAGUUUAUUAUUGAGAUUCCAUUAUCAAGCGCUGAAAAUAGAUUAGGCUUUUUGCUCAAUCCACCAAACAUAACUGUUGAACUUUUAAACAAACCAAUUUUAGACAUCAAGUUCAAGCAAUUUAGAGCUCAAAUAAAAGGUGUUAUCAAAUGUUCAGUUGUAGAAUGCAGUGAAGUUAGUGUUUACAUGGUUCCUGAAGAUGGUCAGACUACAGAUAGAGUUUUUGCUAAUAUUGAUGUUAAAGGGAACAAGAUAGACUUUUCAUUUAUAAAUGUUUUACCUGGGAAAUAUAAAGUUGUUCCUUUGAGAAAGAAAUGGUGUUGGGAACCUCUCCACAAAAGUAUUGAGGUUUACAAUCAUGAUAUUGAAAAUAUUGAGUUUCAGCAUAAUGGUUUUUAUUUAAAAUGUUCAAUCUCUCAUAAUAUAACAUUGAAUUUUGCUUUGGAAAACAAUGAAGUUGUAGGAUCAUUUGAGUUGAAGAAGGGUUUAAACCAAUUUUGCUUUACACAACCUGGUAUAUACACUUUAACUCCACAAUCUUGUUACCACUUUGAACAAGCGAAAUACACUUAUAAUACACUAGAACCCACAUCAUUAAGACUUUCUGUUGUAUCAUUUAAAAUUAUUCUCAAGGUCUCUACCACUAAAGAAGUGUCAGACAUGAAAAUUAUAGCCAAAUCUUUGAAAAGUAAUAAAGAAUUUAUUUUGACUCCGUUAGCAACUAAAUUAGAUCAUAGUUAUGUUUAUGAAGCAGAACACUGGGGGAGACUCAAUGAAGAUUUUUUAAUAACACCUCUUUCAAAAGAAGUUCUGUUUUAUCCUGAAGACCUUGUAAUCACUACAAAAGAAAACUGUCCUGGUGCUGAAGCAACGUUUGUUGGAAAAGAAGGCAUGUUUAUUGAAGGUCAUGUGUUUCCAGAUUUAGCAGGUGUUUCAGUCACUAUACAUACCAAAUCUAAUAAGUUAGGUAAUCGAACAAUCGAAACAUCAACAGAUGAUCUUGGAAGAUACAGAGUCGGACCUUUGCAUAGUGACUUGGAAUUUAUUGUUAGUGCAAUGAAAGAUGGGUAUGUUAUCACAAAACAGCAAGAUGUUAAUUUUCUGGCACAAAAACUUUCUUCUCUUCAUGUUCAAGUUUUGAAUGAAAAAGGUGUUGGCAUGAGUUCAGUAUUGAUGUCCUUAAGUGGUGGUCAAUACAGAAGUAAUAAUCUAACAAAUAUUAAUGGUUUUCUCAGCUUCACUUAUCUGAACCCUGGGCAAUAUUUUUUGCGACCCAUGCAGAAGGAAUAUAAGUUUGAACCAAAUAGCAAGAUGAUUGAUAUUAAAGAAGGUGAAGAGUUAACAAUUGUUAUAAGUGGCACAAGAGUGGCUUUCAGUUGCGUUGGUUAUUUAUCUACUUUAUCUGGGAUACCACAAGAAAAAGUAGCAAUUGAGGCUGUUGGAAUUCACAAGUGUUCAGAUUUACAUGAAGCAUCUAUUUCUGAUGCAAGUGGACAAUACAGAAUACGAGGUCUGCAGCCAGGCUGUUCAUAUAAUGUUCGCAGCAAGUCAGAUGAAAAUCUUCAUAUUGAAAGAUUAGCUCCCUAUAAUCAAGUCAUCCAGGUUAGCCAAGAAGACAUUCACGAUUUAAAUUUUAUUGUUUUUAUGAAGCCUAAUAAAUUGCACAUUGCUGUUAGCCUGGAAGUGCAGACUGAGUAUUUAUCAUCCUUAAAAGUUAUGUUGUAUGAAGAAGAAACUGAAAGAUUAGUUCAUGUUGUUACACCUGGCGUUGUUAAAUAUAUUUCUUUUCCACCAGUCCCACCUAUGGUUUAUGUAGUAAAAAUACAGACUACGUUAUCAUCAAAGACACAUGAAUAUCGUUCAACAUCUGCUACUAUAGCUCCAGAUAAAGACUUUAAAAAGAAACAUGCCAAACUUUUAUUUGAAGCCAAGGAAAAGAACAUUAUAUUUGAACCAACUCAAUCUGUGUUUACACUUCCUCUAGCUGUGGCAAUUGUUUUUCUUGUUUAUAAUUACGAUUCGGUUUUAAUUUUUUUUAUGACGGUUAACUCAUUUAUUCAUUCCAUCAAUAAAUCUGAAAAUGAAGAAUCGGAAAGUGAUCGAGACGAUGAAUAUGUUAAAAAUACUGUCAGCAAAAAGAGCAAAAAGCAAAAGUAGACAAGUAUCUUCAAAGUUUAAGUUCUUCAAAGUAUCGUUUAAAUAUGCAAUCAAACGACUUUGAAAUGGCUCAACUCACAUCAAAUAGGAAUUUUGAAAUGCCAGAUCAUAAGAACAUUUUGAACCAAAAAAAAUUUACUUCAAUUAUCGGAAAUGAAGUUAAUAAGCAA